AUUGGCCCCACUUUGGUGCAUACUCACCGUGUGUAAGGCCACCGAAUCUUGCCGCGCUAGUCUCCCGUAUCCAAUUAUCUCUGGUCGACCUACAACCUACACGUUUCCAAGGCAGUCCUACUUAAUCUUCAUAUAGCCCCCAGAGAGACUGAAAACUACCGCAGACACUUACACAGACCGUUACUUCCAAACCUCGCACUCACAAACUAUUUGUCGUUAUUGAGCGAUAGACGAUAGUUGUCUGAUUGCUUCCAAAGCAGUACUCAUAAACCGUUCAAAGACACUGCAAGCGUACUUCAUAAUGGCCAGCAACACGAAGAUUCCAACCAUUGCCCCUUCUGCCCGCCACCACGAAGGCAAAGUGGCAAUCAUCACUGGUGCAUCCAGAAGCAUCGGCGCCGCCAUCGCCCGUAACCUUGCUGCCAAGGGUAGCAAUGUGGUGAUCGUCUACCUCACUGAGAAUUCAGACCCCUUAGCCGCCAAACUGGCAGAAGAGCUGACCUCCGCGCACGGCGUUGUGGCCAUUCCGGUUCGCGCUGAUUUCACAACUGCCGAGGGCGUGCAGAAGAUCGUUACAGAAGCCAAGGGAAAGAUGCCGGUGAACACGAAGACUGGCAAGUUUCAAGUCGACAUUCUCGUCCACAGCGCCGCGCUGUUCCAUGCCAUGCCCCUCGAGGCAUGCAACUUGGAAGAUUUUCAAAAGGUGUAUGCAAUAAACGUUUGGGGGCCUAUCAACUUAACGCAGGCGGUCAAGCCUUACCUUCCCACGGAUCGGUCGGGCCGCAUUGUCAACAUCUCCAGCGUCGGUUCGAAAGUUGGCCUCCAGUACCUUACCCUCUACGGUGGUUCAAAAGGCGCCCUGGAAGCCAUGACGCGCACCUGGGCGCGCGAGCUGGCCGAGCAAGCCACCGUCAACUGCAUAAACCCCGGUAGCACAAUGACAGAUAUGUACCGCGACGCAAAUCCAGCAGCUAAACAGGCUAAUGCGCUGUUCAACCCGCUGGUUCCAUUGUCUCCUUUACGCGAAUGGGACACUGAAGAACAGCGAAAAUUUGGUGAGAUGUAUGGUGGACGCGUGGCUUAUCCGGAGGAGAUCGCCGGGAUUGUGGGCAUGAUAUGUUCCCCGGAGAGUGCAUGGAUGACCGGAAGCUUAAUCAGCGCUAAUGGAGGGCAAUGGAUGAGCAGCUAGAGAUGUAGCUAGUAUCAAGGAACAGCAUCAAGCGAAGACCAAAUACAAAAUGAUCAACGG